UACCUUGAGUCAGGUCCAAGAACGACUCAAAGAGGCUGAAGCAAAAAGUACACAGGUCGAAAUUCAUCGGCGAAAAGUACUGGAGGCAGAAGCUGAUCGCUGUAUUGAGAUGGAAGAUUUUCCGACAGCAAUAGUUUUCCUAGGAAUUAUAGCAAAGGACUAUGAUAAUGUGUUGGAUUGUCGUGUCAAGGAAUUGAGAUGCCACACAGCUCUAGGAAUGGUGGAAGAGGCCCAAAAAAUACUGGAAAAUUUACCUGCCGAGUAUCAAGAUGACUGUGAUGUUCUGGUGGAGUCUGCCCUACUUUGUGCCUUUGAUGCUGAGUUAGAAAAAGCUGAAAUGAUUUUGACUCAGGUUCUAGACCGAUGUCCUAACCAUGAAAGGGCACUCAAGGGAAGAGAGUUUCUGGAGCAGCGGGCGAUAUGGUACUCUAUUCCAUUGAUGAUAGACGAAUGUGAAUUCGAUGCUGUUUUGGAAAAGAUUACACACGCCCAGUCUCUGGAAUCCUUUUUCCCGCAGAUACGUGUUGACUUGGCCAGAAUGAAAGGGAACGUCUUCUGCAAGCUUGGACGGCUGCAAGAAGCAUGUGACUGUUUCCUCGCUGUACUGGAUAAGGACGAAGAUCAAGAGGACUGUAGGUUAAGACUGGCAUUGUGUCUCUUGCUGCUGGGCAGACACGCUGAAGCUACGGUCCAUCUUGAGGAACUAGAUGAAGAUAUAGAAGAUGUGGAAGCUUUGAUCGCAGCUGCCGAAACCCUGGAAAGAAUGGAACGUCAUGGCUGCCCUUACGACAUCCUAGGCGUUGCAGAGGAUGCUGCUUUGAAGGAGAUAGAAAGGGCCUACAGGAAGCUGGCCCUCAAGAGCCACCCUGAUAAGUUCCAAGGGCCUCAGGCAGAGCGAGAACAAAUGAAGGAAGUCAUGCAAAGGAUCAACUACGCUAACGACAUCUUACGUGACGCCGAUGAAAGAGAGGAAUACAACACUCUCAGGGACUUCGUCAAGGACGUCGCGGAUAAGCUGUUCGAAGAUCCCAAGUUUCCCGAUGAAUCCGACGAUGAAGAAGAUGAGUCAGAACCGUAUGAGGAGGAGGAAGAAUGGGAUGAAGAGGAACUGUCUGAGGAAGAAGAAGAAUCUGAUAAAGAGGAACUGUCUGAGGAAGAAGAAGAAUCUGAUGAAGAGGAACUAUCUGAUGAAGAGGAAGAAUCUGAUGAAGAGGAAGAAUCUGAUGAAGAGGAAGAAUCUGAUGAGGAGGAAGAAUCAGAUGAAGAGGAAGAAUCUGAUGAAGAGGAAGAAUCUGAUGAAGAGGAACUGUCUGAUGAAGAAGAAGAAUCUGAUGAAGAGGAAGAAUCUGAUGAAGAGGAAGAAUCUGAUGAGGAGGAAGAAUCUGAUGAAGAGGAAGAAUCUGAUGAGGAGGAAGAAUCUGAUGAGGAGGAAGAAUCUGAUGAAGAGGAAGAAUCUGAUGAAGAGGAAGAAUCAGAUGAAGAGGAAGAAUCUAAUGAGGAGGAAGAAACAGAUGAAGAGGAAGAAUCUUAUGAAGAGGAAGAAUCUGAUGAGGAGGAAGAAUCUGAUGAAGAGGAAGAAUCAGAUGAAGAGGAAGAAUCAGAUGAAGAAGAACUGUCUGAUGAAGAGGAAGAAUCUGAUGAAGAGGAACUGUCUGAUGAAGAGGAAGAAUCUGAUGAAGAGGAAGAAUCAGAUGAAGAGGAAGAAUCUGAUGAAGAGGAAGAAUCCGAUGAAGAAGAACUGUCUGAUGAAGAGGAAGAAUCUGAUGAAGAGGAAGAAUCUGAUGAGGAGGAAGAAUCUGAUGAAGAGGAAGAAUCUGAUGAAGAGGAACCGUCUGAGGAGAAGGAAGAAUGGGAUGAAGAGGAAGAAUCUGAUGAAGAGGAAGAAUCUGAUGAGGAGGAACUGUCUGAGGAAGAAGAAGAAUCUGAUGAAGAGGAACUGUCUGAGGAAGAAGAAGAAUCUGAUGAAGAGGAACUGUCUGAGGAAGAAGAAGAAUCUGAUGAAGAGGAAGAAUCUGAUGAAGAGGAACUGUCUGAGGAAGAAGAAGAAUCUGAUGAAGAGGAAGAAUCUGAUGAAGAGGAACUGUCUGAGGAAGAAGAAGAAUCUGAUGAAGAGGAACUGUCUGAGGAGGAGGAAGAAUCUGAUGAAGAGGAAGAAUCUGAGGAGGAGGAAGAAUCUGAUGAAGAGGAAGAAUCUGAUGAAGAGGAAGAAUGUGAUGAGGAGGAUGAAGAGGACGAGGAGGGAGAAUAG